AUGGACCCAAGUCAAACCUACAAGAGUGUAGGAGGAAGGACAACCUAUGCAUCCAACCAAAGGCAAGAGGGCAUUAUUAGGGGCUACAGUGAAGUAGUCACCAAUUCUACAAGAGAUCAUAGAAAGAAAGACCCCAUACAUAUUCCUCACCGGUCCCCUACAAAUGGACAAAGAUCGCCUGAGAAAAAGGACUAUAACGUCCCAAUUAGGAAUCGCUACCAAAUACUAGAGAGCGGUAAAACCUCUCCCAAAUUCUUCCUGGUCUUUUUUUCACAAAAGCCCGGUCCAGACCAGAUUCAAACAACUUCAGCAAACACAAGAAUGGGACUCACCAGGCAAACGUCGGAGAUCCUGGAAAGAAGGAAAAAUAGGAGAAGAAAGAGACCACAACAGGGAGAAACAAGGACGGAGAUAGAUCACAAAGCUAUUUUUAACCUUUCAGAGCAAACACUGCAAAAAGAACUUAGGUUCGCUCCAACUUCAGAUU